CACGGCCCCAGUUGUUCGAAGGCUGUAUAACGCCAUCCACGUACCGAUCCGUAUCGGAUAAAUCGCUAUUCAGCGUUCACAAAACAAACUACGCUAUCUGCAGCUGGAUAGUGAUUUAUCUGGACUUCCAGUAAUCCCUCUUUCGUUUAGUCCGUCGCGAUUUCUUUCGCGUCUCGCUCGAUGAACUAAGCGAAAGAGGGACUACUCAUAGUCUAUGAUCAGAAGCUCCGAUUUAUCCGGUUUGCGUUAUCAAUCUUUCGAACAAGCAUCCACGACAUGGCCUCGGUUUCGAGUGGAAACUACUUCCUGUCUCGAAGUGGCGCCAAUUCAAUUCACCGUAGUUGAUUAUUUAUUCAAGACCAGAGUUGAAGGUCGCGAAUUUUCUCUGCAUUUCAUUGAAUUGAAAAUCAUCCGAUAUCAACCAAGUGUAAAUAUCUGUGAGUCACGCCGCUUUGUGCUUCAGAAAUUUCUUUGUCAUGGUACCCGCGGAGGCAACAAAAGUACCUUUUUCUUGAGAGAUUAUGAACAGUUUUGAAGUUUUGAGCCGUUUGACAUAUCGCUCAGCUGUGCUUUAGUUGAUUUCUCUUGAAGUUUUAUUGUUGGAAAGAAAACGACGGUAGACCCUGAAAAGCGUUUCCGCGAAGGUUCGCGUUCAGUGCAAAUCAACUCGGUUUCCUUCUCAGCACUUUGCAAUCGAAACUGGAUGAAAAAGGGGAUUUCUGACCGUAUUUCAAUUCUAAUAAUCGAAAAAUAUCCGUGAAAAGAUGAGUAACACAGCUCCAAACACGACCGGCGAAGAAACUUCAGCUGCUGUUGGAAUCGCGCCUUCGUCUUCAGUUCUCACUUUCUCGCAGCAAUCUUCAGAUUCGUCUUCCCAAGGCUUGAAUUCGCAAGAAAAUCCUCUGCAGUGUUCCGAGUCAAUGGCAUCAUCAGGUCGCUCAGAUGACAGUCAAACAGAUUCCCAGCCUACAUCUACACAUGGAAAAAUUCUGGUCCAAGGUCCAGUGAAGGAAGGAACAGCAUUGGAAGCAUCAGGGGCUGAAGCUGAACCAGACAACAUAACAAGCAGUUCUGAAUCAAAGACCAGCACUUCAACAUUAUCAUUCACAUCACAGGCAAAGCCUGCCGAUAAGGCUCCAGCUCCAGCUUCAAAUGGCUUUCACUACUCUGCUGGAUUCCUGGCCACAAGCAACCUUUCUCAGCUGGCAGAAUUAGCCACUAACAAGUCUGCCAUGAAUCAAGUACCAUCAAACAAUACACAGUUACCUGCUGCACAACCUUUACAACCUCAUGUACUUGGAAACCAAAGUAGAUUCAUACUUCCUAGUCAGGGAAUGCCUUCUUCGAUGUUCGGAGCAUACCCGUCAGGUCCCCUGAUGCACAUGCAGGGACAGUUUCAACCAGCCCCCCCUCAGAUACCUCCACCAUUUAUCAAAGGAUCCAUCAUUCAGCUGGCUACUGGAGAUUUGAAAAGAGUUGAAGAUCUUAUUACAGAUGAUUUUAUUCACAGCACAAGACUCUGUCCUGAUCUUAAGUUGGAGACAAGCACGGUUGUCAAAAUAGAAGAUGGUUCAGAUUCUGGAAGUACACAUGUUACUUUCACGAUCAACAGUUCUAAAACACAGGUGAUUCUAAACUGCCCAGUUGAGCAUCCUUUCUUUGUGUAUGGCCAAGGUUGGACCUCGAGCAGGCCAGAGCAGUCACUAACCAAAUACAACCUUAAUUGUCAGCACUUAAAAGUUGGUGAUGUGUGCAUUUUCCUCUCUCCGUCCAAUCCUAUUAUUCCAGCUGGUGUUGCACUCUCAAGUGGACCAGCAACACAAGUAAGUGGAGGGAAUUCUACUCUAACACAGUCUGCUCCAGGUGUCUUGUCAAAUGCAACAAAAGCUCCUGCUGUAAGCAACGGUACAAGUCAAAGUGCAACCUCUGUCUCAGUGUCAUGUGCACAAACUAUGGCUGGAAUGACAGCCUUACCUGGAAAUAUGCCGGGUGUUGUUGUUACAUCCUCAAUGCCUCUAGGCAUUCCCGCUGUCUAUUCAGGAACAUUUCCUCCAAUGCAAAAUAUUGAUCGGGAAAAAGCUAGUGUUCAGAGCACUACUGAUAGGUCUGUGCCACCAACACAGCCUGUACAAGGAGUAGGAAACACAUCAGAUGGUGAACCUUCAGAUCCGCUGCAAUCCACUGCAGCAGUACCAGGGGGAUUCCCGUUACCUGGGACAUCUUACUACCAACCACUUGCUGGAGCAUUGAUGACGGCCAUGCCCCCUGGACAGACAUUUGUACAGGGAACAGUCAUGCCGCAGGGUUCUGUAGGAAACGGAUUGCUUGUUGCUGCAGUUGGGUUUGUACCAGGUAGGCCUCCAGCUCCUUUUGUUCAGCCUGGAAUGCUAUAUGGCACUACACCAAUGGAAAUGUUGCCAAAGGGAGCUGACGGCAAGCCAGAGGAAUAUCCAUCACAAAAAGGAAGAACAGACACACAAGCUGAACUGUCCCAACCUGACGUCAAGAGGGCAAAAGGGGAAACAGAAGUGAAAUAGAGUUGUCAUGGAGAUGAGUGCUUUUAUAUAGAACACAAAGUCGUGUAGAUUAAAACAGAUUUAUAAUCAGGCUAUAUAUAUAUAAAAAAGAAAAAUGUCUUUUAAGCUGUAUUUAUUUGUAGGUUGUGCUAACUUCUGAAGUUAUCUAAAUAGUUUCAUCAUUAGUUUAUAGUGUGUAUAGUUAAUACAUAAAGUUGUGAAUUUUUUCAACCUGUAGUUUUAGGAUAACCACUUGAUAUUUAACCCUGCCUUGCUCCAUGUUGGAAGUGCUAAUAAAUGAUUGUACAUGUAUUGUCAAUGAUUUCAUUCAAUCUUUGAUAAAAAAAAAAACUGUUAUGCUGUAAUAUUUUGAGCUCAUUAGAAUCCUAAUGGAGAAACAACAACAACAUGAUAUUAAGUGUAAAUGCUGGGAGAAACGUGUACUCGGAAAAAAUCCAGGUCCCAGAUGGGAUCCCAUCUGGGUCUCGGAUUUUUUCCAAGUAUACGUUUCUCCCAGAAUUUACGCUUAAUCUCAUUAGAAUCGCAUCAAAAUGUAGAUGCUCGCUUGAUCUAAGCCUUAUCAAAAUUUAUAUCUUCAUGUAGUUGAACCUCCUGUGCCAGCUAAAAUGUCGAUCUCUGGUUAUUCCUCAGGGGGGUAGGGGGUGGUUGUGCAUACCUGUCCACAGGGGGUCCAAGUUGGCUACCUUAAGUUGUACAAAUUCAGGCAUCAACCCUGUUUCAACACCACUGAUUGAAUUGAGCCAGCUAUAAGUAAGAUAACUAAUAAGCAAGUAUACAAAAUAAGUGUCCAGUCUGGUUAUCACAUGAGAACAAAGUGACCUAUCAAUAAGUAAUUUUUCAUGAAGUGUAUGUCAUAAUCGUUAGACAGUACGUCUCAAAGUAACAGUCCUGUAUUUAUUUCAAGUAGCCAAAAAAAUUUUCAUUGGCGUAAUAUGUUUUCGUUAUUUUAAAUUAUUAAGAAACUGUCAUUACACUUCAACUCACUAUACAGUAACUUAAUAUUAAAAGUGGUGGCUCAUGUAUUGUUAUUUUACAGUUUAUUUCAACUAAAGGCUAAAGGUCUAACAGAAUAACAUUGUCAUCUGUUCUGUCACUGAUUGUUGAUUAUUAUACAGCUUGUGUAAAUUCAAGUAGAGCUGAACUGAAAAUCAAGAAGUAUUCUGCGGCAGGUCUAAAAGGUUGUCCGACUGGAAAA